AUGGCCCCUCAACGUUAUGAAGCACUGAACACCCACGACGAUGACAUCGAUUCUCCCGUCUCUCCAGAUACCCCUCGACCCGUUCCAUCCUCACCUCCACCGUCCUUCCGUUCCAGAGCCUCCUCGCCCACAUCCAGGCGCUUAUUGGCCCAGGAUCCGUUAUCUCCUCACGCGGACCAAGAUCAUUUGGAAGACACCUUUGACGACGGCGAGGAUUCCGAUGCCGAGAACGAUGGCGACGACCGGCAACGCUUGAUGAGGGCGGACACGGGGGCCCAGAGACAAGAUGCCUCCCCCUCAUCAACCUCUGUCCCCGAGACCCGGCCGGUGCCUACGGUCGAGCGACGAGUGACGGAACUGCCCGUCUUCAGACCGAUGCCCGCCUCCAUGAGAGCCACCGACGGUGUGUUCGCCAAUCUCUCCGCCAAGCCUGAACGUGGUGAACAAGUGGAUGAAAAGCCUCCUACAUACGAACAAGCCGCUGCCGAUGCGACGCCGCCUUAUUGGGAAACCACUAUUCUCGCGCCGGGAAUGUCCUCAGACGAAGUCUACGUCGACGGUCUCCCCGUGGGAUCUGUUUUCUCCUUUGUGUGGAACGGCAUGAUCUCCAUGUCCUUCCAACUGGUCGGCUUCCUGCUCACUUAUCUUCUGCACACCACUCACGCCGCCAAACAUGGUAGCCGCGCCGGUCUGGGACUGACACUGGUACAAUAUGGUUUCUAUAUGAGCGGUUCCAACGAUACCCCCUCGGACACGGGAAAUCCAGGACAGUUUUCAAACUCCAGCCCACCCGAUCCAAACAGUCACAGCUUUGACCCCAACGCCGUCAAUGGGGGCGGAGAUCAGUCUCCUGGAGGAAGCAGUGGCAUGGGCGGUUUCACUAGCGCAGAUUGGAUUUCUUACAUUCUCAUGAUCAUUGGUUGGUUUAUUUUGAUCCGGGCGGUAUCAGACUUUUUGCGGGCAAGAAGGCACGAGGCCCUCGUCCUGCAGAGUCCGAGUCGAGGAUUGCCAGUCCCAGUCGUGGCAGAGGGCGAAACUCCUGAGCAGACCGCCUAA